CACGUCAUCACGUAACGCGCAUUACGCAGGUGCGUCUCAAGUCAGGUGCGGUUUCAAAUUGUUUGUUUUAGCAUCAACAGUCUGCUGGAUUCAUCUCGCUCAAUUUAUCAACGUCAGAGUGCACGUCGCCUCAGUUUAGACCGUUUUCCACAUGAACACACCUGAACAGGGAUGAACAAAACGAGCCACAAUGGAAGAGGGACCGAGCAGUUUCAAAGCUCUGAGGGCCAAGUUUCAGGAAGAGGCCCUCCUGGCUCAAUCCAAAACCAGCCGACCAGCUGUUGCGGAGAAACCCAAACACCUUCCUCCUCCUGGAGGUCACUGCAGCUCCGUGGUCAGCAGUAUUAAUAUUGCUGUGGAAAACAAGACCGUGGCUCCCCGGGUCAUCUUCAGAGAUGGGCUGCGGGCAUCUGGAGGCAAGCGACCAAUUUCCCUUCCACCACAACCUCAGCAGACCUCCCCCCCAUCCCAGCUGGCUAAUGGAGACGGCACAACAAGGCAGUCCCUCAAAGACAGACACAUGCCUCUGGUGCUUCCUGUCCUGCCUGUGAAAGAGCAAAAGACAGAACCGCCGGCCAAAAAGGAGCACAAACUGAAACCAGAGCCGCAAACUAAAAUCAAGAAGAAAGGUUUGCUGCUUCCUUUCAAGUCAGCCAAAGCGUCAAAGGCCAGUUCAGUAAAUGGAGAUGAGCCUACGUAUGCUGAUUUGACCACCAGACCUGCCAGUGCUCCCGGCGAGUUGCCCUCUGUGGAAAAACAAAACGCAGAAAACGGGGUUUCGCACCCGAGUGACCAGUCCAGCCCAGAUAUCCCAAUCACCCCUCCUUCUGCAGAGACAAGUGUUGACUUCGAAAAAAAAGUUCUUAACUCUUUGGAGAGGGCCAAGAAGAAGUUUUCACGCAGGCCGAUGUUGAUCUCUGCCAAACCGAAGAGCUUGCGUUCCCCUGACUACGUCUCAAAAGACAAGGCGUUCCCUUUGCCGCCAAAGAACAUUGUUGAACCUGAUCUACCCAUACCGCCACCACCCUGUCUUCCUCACCUGGCUUGUCUAUCGGCCCGGCCUUUCUUCAAAUCCAACCACCCUGCACACAAGUCUGCGUUGGAUAGACACUUUGGCAGGGAUAAAGCUCUUCCCUCUGUCAGGACUAGUGAACCUCGUCCACCCUCUGCUCCUCGGAAGAAGCCUCUACCUGACUUGAGGUCAUUGGGGCUACCGCCUCCAAAACCCCCCACACCACCAUUAGUAGAUCUUGGCUGUUACCACCGACCCACAGUGAACGAGGUGUCACCAGGUCUUAGCCAAGCACCAAGUGAAGAGCCAGAGUCUGAGCACCCAUCCGUCUCCCACUCUGAUCUAGACGCUCCAGAGUUUCCAGACUUUGAGAUUUCAGAGAUGGAAACAGCAGAGGUGGAUGCUGUGGACAUUGGUUCGCUAGAACUGGAGGCCUUGGACUUCGUCAGCACUGACCUUCCUGUACCAGAUGAUUGGGGGGUCGCCAAUUUCGAGGAUCCGCAGCCUGACUUAUCAGUGUGUGAUCCUGUAGAGCCCCUUAUGGGCACCGGCGUCCAAGAUCUGAACCUCGGCAGCGAAAACAUAAUACCCCUCGAUCCAGCCAGCUUCCCUGAACUAAUAAACUUUUCAGAGUUCCCAGAGCUGGCUCUGCCUGAGUGGCCUCAGAGCGAGGAGGUGGUCGUAGAUCCUCUUUCUGGCUCUCAAGCUGAUGAGACUGAUCUGGGAGAUGCUGAGUCACCGGAAAUGGUCAAUGGUACCCACGCAGCUUUGAGUGAUGGAAUCCAGCCACAUCCCAAUGAAUCUCAACAGGACAGCUACUAUGAAGCGUGCGAUAAUGUGUAUGAGGAUGUCGACACCAUUCACAGAUUCGUCUUGGGUCAGAGCUCGCGUAAACGAAAAAGUGGUGCGAAGAGUAAGAAUCCGAAUGCUGACAACCACCCUGUGAAGGAGGAGGCGUCUCUUCACAUGUGGCCGCGGAAUCCGUGGGGCAGCGUAUCAGGAGAACACGCUCAUUCAGCCCAUAAUCAUGUCCACAGUAAAGAACGCCAAAGCCCCAACAGUGCUGACCAUAAAGAACAGAAGAAGAGGGAAAAGCAUCGACUGGAGAAGGAGAAAAAGGAGCAAAAAGAAAGAGGGAAGAAGGAAAAUGAAAUGAAAAAGAAGUUCAAAGUGACGGGCGAAGAGGAGCCCUUGUACCACGCCAAGGUGAUGGUGGCUAGCAAGGUUCGCAAGAACGACCUUCCAGUGACGAGCGGGGACACGGUCAGCAUCAUUCGCACCACCAACUGCCCCAAAGGCAAAUGGCUGGCCCGGGACGCCAACCACAAGUACGGUUAUAUUUCAGUGAUGAAUGUGGAACUAAAUAUCAAAGAGAUGCUGGAGCUUGGCAAGAAGGCCCAAGCAGCUGGACGAGGAGGCAACCUGGAGGGAGAUACCAUCAGCAUUGGGAGCAGAUCCUCUAACCACCCUGUACUAACAAGCAGUUUCACGGAUGACAGUGAGGAGUGGGCAUGUGAAGAUGAGACCCUCUCACCGGCCAGUGAAAGCCACAGCUUUCCCCAUCAGACUGCCUCUCUGCCGGAGAUGUCAUGUGGCCAUGUCGGCGCCCAGCACACUCUGAGCGAUGCCAACCUGGAGGACCUACACACACAGACGAGACACGAGGCCCUGCAGAAACUAGCCAUCUUCUUUCAACACAGCAAAGAUGAGUUUGGAGACAUCCCAGAUGGCGGCGGAGCGACCCCCACAAAUGCUGAGCCAUCAAACUUCUUGUGUGCUGUUGAGGAGCCUCCAUAUCCUGAACAGAAAGUUGACUUCACGGAGCUGGAGCUGCUUCCUCCUCCGCCUCUAUAUGCCGACACCUUCUGAUUACCAGGUCAGCUGGAGCAAGUAAUGUUAGCAGGAAAAACUUGAACUUAAACAGUUCACUUUUUGGAUUUGAUACCAUGAAGAAUAUGUGCCAUCAAGACCAGUUUGCCAUGUGUUUGGAAAUGUAUUUUUGAUCCUCUACAGUGAAGAAAAGAAACAAUCGAGAAUGGAGCUGCUGAUGUGACUGUAUUAUAAUUUUGAUUUCACUUUUUUUUUUGUUUGGUUUGUUGUUCAUAUUUCACGUUGUGUUCUACACUUUCCUUUUCUCUGUUACUGUUAACGGAGCACAAACUGAAUCAUUGCACUUUAUCCAAGUGACAUAAAUUAGCCAAUUAUAGAAGCUUAAAUUUAAGGAUUUGUUUGUAUUUGCAUGUGGAUUUUUCUUUUGUUUCUGUGUUACAUCCAAUAAAUAUUUGUUAUUGAUUUAUG